CUUGCCUCACUGGGGACAGCCCCAGUUACAGCCCCAGUUCCGGGGAAAUCUGAGGGUCCCCACCACCGCCACGGACACAAAGCUGGUUCAUGGGAUGCAGUGACUACAGGCAUGAGCAGCCUGGCAGCCUGGGGCUCAGCCGUCUCAAGAGGUCCGGGUCUCACAGCACCAACACCUCAACAGUUCCAUCAAGGGGACUUCUCCAGAGGCCGGGUCUAGCAGGCCAGGGCGUGCCCUGCUGAGACGAACGCUUCCGGGCCAUGCAGGCAGCAGCCUGGGCUCCCCAGCCAGUGUCACCACCCUUGUCACUGGAGAAGGGCAGGGCAACUAGGAGCCCCCUCCACCCUCCUGCCAUCCCCAAGCCUCCUCUGCCCUCCACACAUCUUAUAUCCCCGGCACUCAGUCUGCGCGGUAUGCUGCCUGAGGCUGUACCUCCUCAAGGAGAAUGUGGCCUCAAGGGGCCGCCUUUGUGGCCCUGCCCCUCCUGGGGCCCACCCUGGUCUGGCUGCUCACCCAUCAUUGGAUGUCUGGUUGGUGUGACAGCCUGAGAAAGCUGCCCUGGUGCCCAUCCCACAGAGUCUUGUUGCUGGUGUGGACAGCCAUCUACUCUAUCGCGGGAUAUGCCUCCUACCUUGUGUGGAAGGACCUGGGAGGGGGCUUUGGGCGACCCCUGGCCCUGCCCCUCGGCCUCUAUGCUGUGCAGCUCGCCAUCAGCUGGACUGUCCUGAUUCUCUUGUUCACAGCCCACACCCCCGGUCUGGCCCUGCUGCACCUGCUGCUGCUCUUCGGGCUGGUGGUGAGCAUGGCACUGAUCUGGCACCCCAUCAACAAGCUGGCUGCCCUGCUCCUGCUGCCCUACCUGGCCUGGCUCACCGUGGUUUCUUCCAUCACCUAUCGCCUGUGGAGGGACAGCCUUUGUCCAGAACACCAGCCCCAGCCCACAUGGGAGAAGAGUGACUGAGGCAGGGGGCAGGGGAGAGGAGAGAGGGCCAGGGUGGGGAUAGAGGAGACCUCAGGCAGGGCUGUGGAGCUAGGGUGGGGACGGGGGAGGGGGGGGAGGUGGCAGGGCUUGAUGAGUCCCUGAAGGUGACUCGCUCCAAUGUGGCCACUGUCCUGGGUCCCCUGGUGCCACUUUCCAUUAGGAUUCAGAGACAUGGGAAAGGAGGGAAACUUAUUUCACACUUAAAAUAAUAAAUUCUGUAUUAAUAAGAAUUAAUUUAGUAGUAUCAAUAAAUAAAAUCCUAACUAUCUUUGAGGGUAUGAUGUGAGAUGUAUACUUGAGUGUAUGAGGUCCAGGGCUGCAGGGUGGGAAUAGACGUGUCUGUACAUCUGUGUGCAUGUGCACACGUGAAUGAAGGUGUGAGCGCACGUGUGGGAAGAGUGGGCACACCAUUUCCGCUCACAUGCCCUCACAAACCUGACCCCAAAAUUUAGGACUCGGAUUUUUUUUAACAGAUUUUUUUUUUUGGUCACGCUGCAAGGCUUGUGGGAUCUUAGUUUCCCAACCAGGGAUCGAACCCUAGGCCCCUGGCACAGAAAGUGGCAAGUCCUAACCACUAGACCGCCAGGGAAUUCCCAGGACUUAAAUUUUUAAUUACCUGAAAAGUGUUUUUGAAAAGUUACAGAAAAUCAAAACCAAAAAGUAGAUAAAGUAAAAAAGAUACCAAUUAUACUUGU